CAGGAAUUGCCCUCGAUCAGGAUCUCUCGGCGGCCAAUUGCGGUGUUCCACUGAAACCGAACUACCACACUCGCCUCUUUCCUCCCUCCGGUCCACCAAACAAUACCAAAGACAGCUUCGGCUGAAGGAAGUCACGGACACACGAAACCCGAUAUCCGCACAUCAUGGGCGCCGGCAGCUCUAAGCCCGCGGCUCCGGCCGACUCGAAGCACGUUUUCUCGAGCUCCUCCCCCGUCCAAUUCUCCGCCAACUUCGUUGACGGCCUCCAGUCCAACACCGAGACCGACUCCGCACGCGCCCGCUCCCUCGAACUCCAAAUCCAAGAGCGCGUAGCCCAAGAACUCGAGCGCCUUCGUGCCCGCGAACAGCAAACGCUGGCCGAGAUUGAGAAGAAGCUUGCCGAAGCCAAAGAUGUCUCUUCUUCGACACCUGCGCCCAGCUACACUCCCAGCAGCUCAGGGGCUUCUUACUACCCACCCGGAUCUCUGGAUCUGGAUGCGCCCCGGAUCCCGUUCGCGGGGCGGGAGAGCUACUUCGCGACUGCUGCUGCUGCUGCUCCGGCGGUUGAGGCGGCGGCGCAGCAGCCGAUUAACCGGGAACUGUCGCGGGAGAGCGUGAACAGUGAGAUUGAGGAGUUGAGGGCGAAGUUGGAGGGACGGAAGAAGUUGGUUGAAAUUGAUGCGGGGAUUGAGAAGGCUAGAUCGGAGGUGGUGAGUUGUUUGAGGUUGAAUGAUCGGAGGCCGUUGGAUUGUUGGAAGGAGGUUGAGGCGUUUAAGAAGGAGGUUGCUAGGUUGGAGGAGGGGUUUGUGGAUCGGAUUGUUGGGUAAAUUUAUUUUAUUCCAUAGGGAUAUAUUGAUAGAGAGGUGAGGUAUAGUGGUGUGUAAGUGUGUUUGUUCGACUGUUGCUGCUGCUGCUGCUGCUGCUGCUGCCGCCGAGUCAUCAAUCCCGGUUUGUGCAUGUGUGUAUAUGUAUACCUAGCUUGCUAGAGAAGGUUACU